AUGAGUGGCACGAGGUGUUUGCUAGGCGUCGGACUACCAGUUGAUGUGACUGCUACGGAAACUUUGACUCAUGAUGAACAAGGACCAGGUGUAGAGCCAGGACCGUGUUCGCGAGGAAGUUCUAUAGAUGGUCUGCUGCCCUCGUUGCUCGGUCCACAUGAUGAUGUGGAUGACGAUUCGGCGGCUUUUCACAAGUACAUGACACUAUCGCGAGAUGGCGCAGGCGCCAUCCAUGCUCCGUCAUUAGUCGAAGACGCCUCAAGGAACGACGACGACGACGAUGAUGAAGACGACGACGACAGUUCCAUGUCGCGAGACCUAUCCAAGGCUCUAGAUAUGUCAUCGUCAUCAUCGUCCAGCCCGCGCGUUCAAAGUCGGCGGCACCGUAGUUCUGUGAGCGCAAUAUCUGCAAUCUUACACCAAGGAAAAUCUGGCCGCGAAGACAUAACUGGAAGCCUUAGCGUUCCGGCAGAACAAGAAAAACUCAGUUUUCUUGCCAAAGCCUCGAGUAUUUUCUUUCGAAGGAACAGUAUGCCCAGAGACAAACAUACGCAUUCAGUAUGUCCCGCUAGCCGCCCAGAUUCCGAGAGAUUUAUCGUCACAUCUGCAGCCGCGCAGUCUUUACGCCGCCAACAACAACUGGAAGACGCUCAGUACGCUCGAGUUAUUACAAACUUUCGUACUAUAGGAUGGUGCUCUCCCAGCGAGAUAGAGUCUGUGGAAUAUAAACGGUCCUUGAUCAAUGCGGAGUGGGACGAAAAGAUCUCGCUUUUGUCUCACGCGCAAUGCUAUAAAUAA